CCCUCCCUCCCUCACACACACACUCCAACACACACUGCGCCUGGCGCUCAUAGAACCAAAAGUAACGCAGAGUCUCAUACUAGUUGUCCCUGUGCUCCGGAGCCUCGCUAUGUCUCAACCCGCCGCCUGCCGCCUGCUGAGGAGCACCCUGAGGACUCAGCUCGUGCCCGUGGCCAAUCUGUCGUCCAAACCCGCCAAACACGUCAUCUCUGGAGUGGACCAGGCCAUUGCUAUGACGGCCUUCUUCGUGGCCAUCUUGGGGCCCUCCGGCUGGGUGCUGUCUCACCUGGAGGACUACAAGAACAAGAAGGACUAGAAGGGGAGGAGGGGGAGGAAUGGGAGGAUGGGGGAGAAUCAUUCCGUCCCAGAUGAAGAUGCACUCAACCCUCUCUCCCCUCGCCGCUCCCUCUGCUCCACCUCUCCUCAGCUGAUGAGACCAGAAACCACUUACCUGAAUCCAGACCUGUGAUAAUGUACAUCUGUGCACCUAUCAACUAUUACCAAUAAACACAUGUUUGCAGUGAGAA